GCAACAUGGCGGAAGGCGAGGGUAAUAGCGAUAUUGUGGAAAGUUCUCAUGAUUUAACCAUUACUGACGACCAAAACGCUUCUGGGGAGACCGAAGGAGCUUCAGAAACAGGAGAAAAAGAACUACCGUAUAAUUAUGGAUUUUCCUUACCGGAAUACUACAAACUUUGCCUACAGUAUUAUCACAAAGAAAAGCAAAUAAUAAAGCUUACUUAUGAUGAUAAAGUUCAGCUGACUGCAUACUGGAAACAAGUUUCAAGUGGAGCUUUUGACCCUGAAAAGUACCCAGAUGUAGGAUAUUUUGAUGUUAUUGGCAAUGACAGGAGGAGAGCAUGGGAGAGCCUUGGUAACAUGGAGCCUAGAGAAGCCAUGAAGAAGUUCUGUACAUUACUAGGGACAUGUUCACCUGAGUUAGCUCCUUGGAUGGAAGCACAGCAAAAAGAAAAAGAAGAAAAGGAAAGAAUGAGAAAGGAAGAAGAGGAAAGACUGCGAAGGGAAGCAGAGGAAGCUGCUGAGAGAGAGAGGCAGAGACUGUUGGAAGAGGAAAUGAGGAGAAAAGCUGAAGAAGAAGAGGAGGAAAGGAGAAAACAAGAAAUUAUUCUGAGGCAGCAGCAAGAGGAACAACUCUUACAACAACAGCAACAACAAAUGUUGAAUAAGCAGCAGCAAUAUCAACAACAACAGACACCAGAUCAACAGCCCAAGACAAUGGCAGUGAAUGGCACCCCAAGGAUAGCACCCCCUUCAUUAUGGACGCGUCCAAAAGUCCAAGAGUUUAUUCAACAUCUCAAGUCUGAUCCUACUUCUGUGUUAGUUGUUGGACGUGGGGAGACGAUGACAGUUCGUGUACCUACACAUGAAGGGGGAACAUGUGUAUUUUGGGAAUUUGCCACUGAAUUCUACGAUUUAGGCUUUGGAGUCAGCUUUGAAUGGUCGCAACCGCAAACCAAGAACAUCACCGUCGCGGUGAACGAAUCUGACGACGAGGAAUUCGGAGAAGAGGAUAAAUCGGCUGAAAACGAGUCCAGUCCCCCCAAACCAAGAGUAGACGAAGUACUGCCUGUCGUACGGAGGCCUUGUAACGAGGAAGUGAUUAUUGGAAGUCACUUAUAUCCAGGCCGCGGCGUGUAUCUUCUCAAGUUUGAUAAUUCAUAUUCACUAUUCAGGUCAAAGACUUUGUAUUACCGAGUUUACUACACUCGGUAAUGCAGGGAUGGAGACAGACACUUUCGCGAGAGACGCUGAACGGAGCUCACAACGGUAACUAAUUUCACAAAGCGAGAACAUUUUGAAGAGUGUCUCAAAUUAUAACCUUUAUAAUAUAUCACGUUACGCUUAAAUUAGGUUCGAAUUAAUUCAACCUUCCGUCACGUUUUUGUGAUGAGUGUCGGUCGAUGUGUGUUAUGAAACAGAAAAUUGUAUAGUUAUUUAUACAGUGUUUCAUGUUUUGGGAAUGAAGUCCAUUAGGAAUAGCAGGCAAAGGAGACGACAAACUCUCGUAGAGCUUUUGCAAGUUUUUGAUGAAACAAUAGGGGUCGAAAAUUCUUCUGUUUUUUUUUUUUUUUCAAUUAUUUUGAAAUUAUUGUCUUGUUUCCCUACUAAAAACCUACAACAAGGAGAGAAAGUUUUGAUUUUAAAAAUCUGAUUAGCACAUGAGGUGAUUAUUUUGGAUUAAAAGUAUAGAAAUAUGUAACCUGGUAUCAGGGCGAAAGAAGAAACAUGAACCUAUGAUUAAGGUUAAAACAGCGCCAUUUUUUUGUUUGCUUGUUUGUCUGUUUUUGUUGUUGUGUUUUUUUUUUUUUUAAACAACUCGUAAUCCUUUAAAAUAACAGAUUAAGAGAAGAGCUUUCUCGAAAAGAAGAGAAAAUCUCGGUUUUUGAUUCUUAGAAUAUAAGGUGGGCCACUCUCUCAUGACGAGGCUUCGCAUUGAAGGAGUCGCAAUAUUCACGACGCACCAAUGAUGAUGUGGCUUCUCUGCAGGUUGCUUGAUAAAAUCUUAUUGAAAGGAAAAAAGGAUUGGAAAAUAUAAGUUGAAUAAAAAAGGAGGAAAGAGAGGGAGAGAGAUAUACGAAGGUAACUUCAGUCAGGUUUCGUGUCGUUAGGGGUCUGGUACAGAAAUUGCCUCAACUUUCUCGCAAUUGAUAUUAGGUUUGGUGCGAUAUCUUGUUUAUUGAUGACUGUUCAACUGAAUCCUUAAUCAUAAAUAAAAAGAAGCUUCAGAUUUAAUAAAUGAUAAAAUAUUU